ACAUGGCGGCAGAUUUGGGUGUAAUAUCUUGACAAAUAAGGUCUUCUACAAGCUGAUGCAAUAUGCCAGUGUAUGUUCCCUGCAAAGAUUUAUUUCAAGACUAACCAGAAGUUGAUGAUGUUGAGAGUCUUCGGCGCUUGUAGCCUUCACUGUGAACAAUGUUUGAAAAGGAAAGCUACAGAGAGAGCUGAGAUUUUUCUCUCAAAACAUGUUGCUUCAGGGAGAUGUAUCAAUUAUCAUAAAAACCACAUUCACACUUUGUUAAAUUUGAGACAAAGGAACAUUCAAACAUUUUUCAGAAUGCCCUAUGGAAUGUUUCCUGUCGCCACACGGAUUCUUAUAAACAGGGGUCUGAAAGGAGAACGCAUGUUUACCACAGGGAUCUUGAGGGCUAUGAUGCGAGUAACAAGAGUAAGGUACCUUCUUCUUGGCACAGCAGGUGCAGGAGGCAUUGCUGCAAAAGUGACAUAUGAUUCCUGGAAGGACAAGUGGCUAAAAUUUCAAGAAACAUUACCUGAAUUUAGCUGGUUGAAAGAUCUGCGAGAAAAUCUACCAGACUGGUCCAAUACAUUUUCAGAAGGCUCAGAUGCCACUCGCAGCCUUGUUGAGAGCUUUAAGGAUUUUGUGGAUGAAUUUUGGUCUUCAGAAGUCAGCCCUCCAGUGGUGUCUGCUGCUAUUAAACAAGAAAAUGGUGAAAAGACAUCAUCACCAAAGAAAACAGCUAUGGAAAAGAUGCAAGAGCGUUUAGAGAAAUCUCAAGAAGAACUUAUUGAAAUGCAGCAAAGAUAUCAACGAGAGAUCGAAAAGCUUGAACGAGAUAAUAGAGAGUUGCGAAAACAAGUUAUCAUUCUGAAGGGUGACAGCAUGCCAACCCCCAGAAAGAUAAGGAAAUCUUUGAUUGACAUGUAUUCUGAUGUUCUGGACUUGCUGUCAGAGUAUGAUGUGAGCUAUAACACCACAGACCAUCUUCCAAGGGUGGUAGUGGUUGGUGAUCAAAGUGCAGGCAAAACAAGUGUCUUAGAAAUGAUUGCCCAAGCUAGGAUUUUUCCUAGAGGUUCUGGUCAGAUGAUGACAAGGUCACCAGUCAUGGUGACCUUGAGUGAGGGACCUAAUCACAUGGCACAGUUCAAGGGAAGUACUCAUCAAUAUGACCUCACACAGGAAAAUGAGCUCAAAGCUCUGAGGCAGGAAAUCGAAAUGCGAAUGCGAAACAGUGUUCAACAUGGACAGACAGUUAGUCCUGAGGUGAUAUCCCUGAGUGUGAAAGGCCCAGGACUUCAUCGCAUGGUGCUGGUUGACCUUCCAGGAAUUAUUGGGACAAUCACAGCUGGAAUGGCAGAAAACACAAAGGAUGACAUUGUUGAAAUGAGCAGGAAGUACAUGCAGAACCCAAAUGCAAUAAUCUUGUGUAUUCAAGAUGGCUCUAUUGAUGCUGAAAGGAGUAAUGUCACUGAUUUAGUGAGCAGCAUGGAUCCAGCAGGGAAAAGGACAAUCUUUGUGCUGACAAAAGUAGACUUAGCAGAGCAGAACGAUGCCAACCCCAGCCGGAUUAAACAAAUACUGGAAGGCAAGCUUUUCCCAAUGAAAGCUUUGGGUUACUUUGCAGUUGUGACUGGAACAGGUAAUACCAGUGAGGGGAUUGACGCCAUUCGUGGCUAUGAAGAAGAAUUCUUCAGACACUCUAGACUUUGCAAGUCUGGAGUUUUCAAAGCCAGUCAAAUGACGACGCAAAACCUAAGCUUUGCUGUUUCACACUGCUUCUGGAAAAUGGUGCGAGAAUCGAUUGAGCAGCAGGCAGAUUCAUACAAAGCGAAACGGUUCAAUCUUGAAACGGAAUGGAAAAACUGUUUUCCGAAGCUGAGAGAGUUGGACAGGAAUGAGCUGUUCGAUAAAGCUCGUAACGAAAUCCUGGAUGAAGUGCUUACCCUAAGUGAGAUUACGCCACAGAUGUGGGAGGACAUCAUCACCAAACACUUGUGGUCAGCAGUGUCUUCUCACUUCAUAGAAGCCAUCUACUUGCCUGCUGCACAGGCGGAUAAUCCAAGCAAUUUUAACACGUCUGUUGACAUCAAGCUGAAACAGUGGGCCGACAGGACACUGCCUGAUAUUUCUGUCAAGGUUGGUUGGGAAACACUCUUCGAAGAAUUCUCCAAAGCAAUGCAGGAACAGAAGAAUGAUAAAGACGGGCAUAGCCACUUAUUCGAGAAACUCAAAUCUGAACUAUCAGAUGAAUGCAAAAGAAGCCAUGUGUGGCAGUCAAAAGCCGUGGAUAGUCUGCGAGUAAUUCAGCUGACAGCACUUGAAGACUGGUCUGUGAGUGAGAAACAACAAUGGGACUCUGCAGUGAAAUUCAUGGAAGGAACUUUGCAAGAAGAAUUAGACAAAGCGUCUAAGGAAAUGUAUGACUUGCUUGGUCCUGGAAGGGCUGAGAGAUGGUUUUACUGGAAAUACAGAAGCAGAGAGCAACAACACCGUUCCUAUAUAAAGGACGAACUCCAGAGGUUGCUCCAAGCAAACGAGAGACACGGUCCAGUUCUAGCGGACGAUGAACUUACCACAGUAAGAAAAAACUUGGAAACAAUCAGCGUGGACGUCUCGCCAGACCUGGUAACUGAAACUUGGAGCCAGUUGUAUCGGGAGCACUUUUUAAAGCAGGCCCUGGGGAACGUUCAGGAAUGUAGAAAUGCUUUCUACAGAAGAGAUUUGGUCAAGAAUGAGCUGGCAUGCAACGACGUGGUCCUAUUUUGGCGAAUCCAGAAGAUGCUACAAACUACAAGUAACGCCAUUAGACAACAAGUAAUGAACCAUGAAGCUCGCCGACUGGAGAAAGAGGUGAAACAAGUUCUGGAUGAAAUAAGCUACGAUCAGACAGCUAAAGAGCGACUCAUUCGAGGAAGACAAGUGGAUCUUGCCGAAGAAUUAAAACAUGUGAGACACAUUCAAGAAAGUCUGGAACAAUUCAUCGAAGCUUUGAACAGCGAGAAGUAGAUUAAAAUUCGAUAGAGUAAUUUUACGGAGUCCAAGUUGCAUAUACCACACACGACCGAAAAACUUGUAGGUGAUUAAUAAGAUCCAUCAACUUGUUUUUUUUUUUCUUGCUUUUUACUCUGUAAAUGUGUGCUCGAAAGAGAUUUCCUCUCAGGUCCUGUAUCGCAUCCUUGAGUGUAUUGUGAGCAACACUGAAUGUUUUUUCACUGAAAAUGAGCAUAAAAUAAAGAAUUGUGUAUAAAUCGGGUACCAUUUUCCUUUUCCU